GUCCUUUUCUCUAUUGCUGCUUGAACUUGAUAUGAUUUUCUUCUUCCCCUUUGUGCUGUUUUGUUGAUACAGUUUUACAAGUGGUUUGCCGAUCUUGAAGCAGCCAUGAAAUCAGAGACUGAAGAAAAAUAUCAGCAUUAUGUCAACACCUUAACAGAGCAGAUUCAGACCUGUGAUAGUAUACUUCAGCAGGUGGAUGAAACACUUGACUUAUUCAAUGAGCUGCAAUUGCAGCAUCAAGCAGUGGCAACAAAGACUAAAACUCUUCAUGAUGCGUGUGAUAGACUGCUUUUGGAGAAGCAGAAAUUAAUUGAGUUUGCAGAAUCACUUCACAAUAAGCUCAAUUACUUUGAUGAAUUGGAGAAUGUUGCGACCACUUUUUAUUCUCCUAGCAUGAGCGUUGGGAGUACAAAUUUUCUUCCAUUGCUUAAAAGACUUGAUGAGUGCAUAUCAUAUGUCGAGAGUAACCCACAAUAUGCCGAGUGCAGCAUUUAUUUGGUCAAGUUUCGACAACUUCAG